UUUUUAAUUUGUGUAAUGGACGUGUUUAAUAAGUGGUGUGUGGUGAUGUGGAAAUGUAGAUACUUUGUAAGAGCUUUUAUGCUCCUUGUGGUAUUUUCAAAAGUAUCAGGGUUUGGAUCAAUGUCUUCAAUUGCUAUUUCAUAUGGUGAAUAUGGUUCUGUUUUUUGUGGGUUGAAGUCAGAUGGAUCUCAUUUGGUCAGUUGCUAUGGCUCUACUUCUUCUAUAAUAUAUUCAACUCCAGCUCAUUUCCCUUUUAUUGGUCUUACUGCUGGAAAUGGCUUUGUAUGUGGACUUUUGAUGGAUUCUUACCAGCCUUAUUGUUGGGGGAAAAGUAAUUUUGUACAAAUGGGAGUGCCUCAGCCUAUGAUCAAAGGGUCUCAAUACUUGGAAAUAUCUGCAGGUGAAAAUCAUUUGUGUGGACUAAGGCAACCUUUAAUGGGGAAGCAUAGGAACACUUCACUUGUUGAUUGCUGGGGUUAUAACAUGACUACAAACAAUGAGUUUGAAGGUCAGAUCCACUCUAUUUCAGCUGGUUCUGAGUUUAAUUGUGCUUUGUUUUCUGUCAAUAAAAGUGUUUUAUGUUGGGGGGAUGAAACUAGUAGCCAGGUUAUUACCCUAGCACCAAAAGAUUUGAGAUUUAUUAAGAUUGCAGCUGGGGGAUAUCAUGUUUGUGGGAUCCUAGAAGGGGUGAAUUCUCAAGUGUAUUGCUGGGGAAGGAGCAUGAACCUUGAAGAAGAAUUCUCUGUUGCUCAACUCAAUGUUGAAUUGGCAGCCCCUAGUGAUCCGAUUAUAUCGGUUGUUGGUGGUAAGUUUCAUGCUUGUGGGAUUAGGAGCUAUGACCGUCAUGUCGUUUGCUGGGGUUACAGAGUUGAGAAAAGCACACCACCUCCUAGUGGAGUUAGGCUUUAUGAGAUAGCAGCUGGUGACUACUUCACUUGUGGUAUCCUUGCAGAAAUUUCACUUUUGCCUGUUUGUUGGGGGUUUGGUUUUCCCUCAUCGCUACCACUCGCUGUUUCUCCUGGAGUCUGCAAGCCUAGACCCUGUGCAUCUGGCUUCUAUGAGUUUAACAACGGAAGUGCAACUUGCAAGUUUCCUGAUUCUCGCAUUUGCCUUCCCUGCACCAAUGGCUGCCCUGCUGAAAUGUAUCAACAGGUUGAAUGCACUUCAUCUACAGACAGUCAGUGCACAUAUAAUUGUUCAAGUUGUAUCUCUGUUGACUGCAUAAACAGCUGUUCUACUGCUAUUUCUGGAAAGAAGAACGCUAAAUUUUGGUCACUCCAGUUACCAGUAAUUGUUGCUGAGGUUGCAUUUGCAGUAUUCUUGGUGAGUGUUGUAUCUCUAACUUCGAUCGUAUAUGUUCGCUACAAAUUAAGGAACUGUAGAUGUUCAGGGAAAGGUCCUAGUCCUAGGAAGAAUGGUACUUUCCCAAAGGAAAUUGCUAAAGAUAGGGCUGAUUUGGAUGAUCUUAAAAUAAGGAGAGCUCAGAUGUUUACUUAUGAAGAUCUUGAGAGAGCAACUGAGGGAUUCAAAGAAGAAUCACAAGUUGGAAAGGGUAGCUUUUCGUGUGUGUUCAAGGGCGUUUUGAAGGACGGUACUGUGGUUGCUGUCAAGAGGGCUAUAAUGUCAUCUGACAUGAAGAAGAAUUCAAAGGAGUUCCACAAUGAGCUAGACUUGCUGUCCAGGUUGAAUCAUGCUCAUUUGCUCAAUUUGCUAGGUUAUUGUGAAGAAGGUGGAGAGAGACUUCUAGUUUAUGAGUACAUGGCUAAUGGCACGUUGCAUGAACAUCUACACGGGAAAAAGAAGGAGCAAUUGGAUUGGAUAAGAAGGGUAACCAUUGCAGUCCAAGCUGCUCGGGGAAUCGAAUAUUUGCAUGGUUAUGCAUGUCCACCUGUGAUUCACAGAGACAUCAAGUCCUCAAACAUCCUUAUAGAUGAAGAACACAAUGCUCGAGUAGCUGAUUUUGGGCUUUCCUUGCUUGGACCUGCUAAUAGCAGUUCCCCAUUAGCUGAGUUACCAGCAGGGACACUUGGGUACCUUGAUCCCGAGUACUACAGACUACAUUAUCUUACAACCAAAUCUGAUGUCUAUAGCUUUGGUGUUUUGCUUUUGGAAAUUCUGAGUGGUCGGAAAGCUAUUGACAUGCAAUACGAUGAAGGGAACAUAGUGGAAUGGGCAGUCCCAUUAAUCAAAGCUGGUGAAAUAGAAGCAAUACUGGAUCCAGUUUUGAAAUCACCUUCUGAUGCUGAAGCUCUUAGAAGAAUCGCUAAUAUAGCCAGCAAAUGCGUGAGGAUGAGAGGGAAAGAGAGGCCGUCAAUGGAUAAAGUAACAACAGCUUUGGAGAGAGCACUUGCUCAAUUGAUGGGUAGUCCAAGCAAUGACCAGCCUAUCUUGCCAACAGAGGUUGUUCUAGGAAGCAGCAGAAUGCACAAGAAGUCCUCAUCAAAUCGAUCAACGUCAGAAACAACAGAUGUUGCAGAAACUGAGGAUCAGAGGUAUGUCGAAUUCAGAGCUCCUUCGUGGAUUACAUUCCCAAGUGUAGCAUCAUCUCAGAGAAGAAAGUCUUCAGUAUCGGACGCAGAUGUUGAAGCAAAGAAUUUAGAAAGUAGGAACUGUGGAAAUGGAACUGAUGGAUUGAGAAGUUUGGAAGAAGAAAUUGGACCAGCUUCUCCUCAUGAACAUUUGUUCUUGAAACACAACUUCUAAUUAACAUAACACUAAAAAGGAAAUGCUCUGCAGGUUGAUGCUUAAUUAUUUUGUUAGUGGAAGAAAUGUAUACAAGUAAAAGGUAAAUGUUGUGAAUUCUUGAUAAAUGUGAUCAAGAAUUCCCCACUCAACCAUUGGCGAUGAGCUUUAGCUAGAUGUUUGAUCCUGUAAUUGUAACUUCAAUCUUUCUUCUU